AUGAAGUGAUUCGCAUCAAUGGAAUCAUAUCAGAAUAUCAUCUGCGCAGCUAAGCAUUCAGUUAAUCAUUCAUUUUGAAUCCGAAUAAAUCAUUACAAUCGCUUAAAAUGAACAGCAAGGUGGCUUUAAUUGUCCUAGCUCUGUGCAUCAUUUUCGCUGAGACCGUGAAAUCCCAACCUGCACGAAACGGCAGAAACGGUAAAGACGGAAAGGAUGGAAAAGAUGGAAGACCAGGAAGAGACGGAAACAACAGGAGAGAUGGCGAAAAUGGAAGGAACGGAAAGAAUGGUGAAGACGGUGAAGACGGUGAAGAUGGUGAAGAUGGCGGAAACGGAAAGGAUGGAAAAGAUGGAAGGAACGGAAGAGAUGGAAGGAACGGAAGAGAUGGCGAAAACGGGCAUCGAAGAAACUCCGAUCGUUUUGAUACUCAUCACUAUUUGCAUAACCCGAACCAAGCUAGAAAUCCAUGAAACAUUCCACAAACUGUACCCAGUUGGAAAUUCUAAGUUGACGAAAAAAUGCCUGAAAAAAUUGCAAUUCUUGUAACAUCUUGAUUCAAUAAAAUACAAAUCUUCAAAGUUCA